AUGCAUCAACCUAAGCUUUUUUACUCAGACCACGAGAAUUACGCCCCCAGAGUGCUAGACCGACCGGACAGCCAGCCGAACCGGCCCUUUCCGGCUUUCGUCCUCCCUGACAAUCUUGCGUCCAUAGGGACAUCCAAUUUGUACCAUCCCCCCAAUCAAGAGAAAGAUCUUUUUCCAGCGCCCCCGGCAGGCUUCCACAUGGCUCCAUGCGGGUGUUUCUUCGACCCCAGGAUCUACCGCAUCGAGUGGGCAACAACUAAUUUUGUCCAGCCCUCAGUUUACAAACUCUCCGGUGGGCCGAGCCCCCAAAAUGCAUACCUUUUGGACAGCCAGAAAUACCUCAAGGGCCCCAUUCAGCAGGUCCCGUACCCACCCUACCAACCCGUUGCAAACAACCCCCAGUUCGUGUUACCGUUCUUCAAACCAGAGGGGCCUGCCCCCAACUUGACAGAGCAGCUCGGCUUCGCCGGCAACCCUCUUCAGGGUGCCUCGUUCGUGGAGGGACCUCACCUUCUCAGCGAAGGCCUUACACAAAGCACAGACUGCCAACUCCAAGCUGUGGUCCCCGGGCCGAACUUCAAGGAGCCGCCUGUACAGACAGAGAUCUCCGAUCCACUGAAAGAACACCAGGUAGACCAUUCGAGCAUUGCCGAGUCAACCAACCAUGACCUGGCCUUCCCAGAUGCCAAUAACUUCCCAGCAGAAGGAGAAGAAUCCAGAGAAAAGGACACCAACCCACAUUUUAUGGAGAGCCCUGCCCUUACAGAGGUCCGUCCAGAAUCCUGGGGCACCACUAGCACGCCCAGCGCAGAGAUAAUGACAGAAUUAGAGACUUGCAUGAAUGCGGAGGAUGUCAUCACCAAUGAAAAUGACUUGUUAGGAGAGCAGGAGUCUUUCAACUUGCCGGAGAAAGUCCUGCUAGAAGACGCCAUGAAACUGUUUGAUUGCUCGUCGGAUAAUUCUGGUACUGAGGAUGACCCUGAGCAGGGGACCCUUAGCUGGAACCGAGGAGAUGGCUCCUAUGACGGGCAUUUCCCCUGCAAAGAUACAUCCGGUGACAUCCGGUCUCUUAAUCUGCCUGACGAGCUUCUCUCGUUUGAUUACAGCGUCCCGGAGAUCCUUGGCACAGUGACGAGCUUGGAUUACUUCUACGAUGUGAAUGCCUUCAGUGAGGACCUGCCGUGGGAAAGCAAGGGGUCCCUGCAGGCUCACCAGAAACACGAAUCCCACUUGGAAGUGGAGGAGAAAAGGAUAGCCAAGAAGGGCAGGGCUGUGGCCAACAAACCACAGUUGGCAUCUGCCCAGGGGAAUAAUGGCGGACCCUCGAAAACGGGGGUCUAA